AUGGGUUCCAUUGGUAAUGGCCGAAGUGACUCGGUGGUCGGCAUCCAGAUGCCACCGGCGGGGGGCAAGAUGGUGCUGGAGCCUGAGGCUCUUCCGGUGACCACAUCUCGGGUGCCAAGAUGGCCACGGCUGGGCGUGGUUAUGGUGGCAACCCGAGCUGCAGCCAUGGUGAUGGCACUGCUCUCGAUGUCGCUAAUGGUCUCCUCCAAGCAGGGAGGCAUUCUCACCAUCUUUGGCAUCGAGAUCCCGCUCUAUGCCAAUUGGUCCUUUUCUUAUUCACUGCAAUUCUUGGUUGCGUUGUCUGCAGCUUCAGCUGCCUACUCGCUGGCACAACUCCUCUUGAUUGCACACAAGGUCAUGAAGAAAGCCCCCAUUGUUCCUUCUGGACGCCACGCAUGGCUGCUCUUUGCCGGGGAUCAGGUGUUUUCGCUUGCAAUGAUUAGCGCUGGAUCAGCGGCGGCGGCGGUGGCCAAUUUGAACCGCACCGGCAUCCGGCACACGGCCCUCCCCAACUUCUGCAAGCCCCUGCCACGUUUCUGCGACCUCUCGGCGGUCUCCAUCGCGUGUGCCUUCCUCAGCUGCGUCUUCCUCGCGACUUCCGCCGUAAUCGAUGUUAUCUGGUUGUCAAGUCCGUGA